AUGGGAGGUGCUUGGCUUUGCACACAUCUAUGGGAGCAUUAUCAGUUUUCUCUUGACAAAGACUUUUUGGAGUAUACUGCAUAUCCAUUGCUGGAAGGCUGUGCUACUUUUCUGGUUGACUGGCUGAUUGAAGGACCUGGAGGCUACCUACAAACCAAUCCCUCAACAUCUCCGGAGCAUGCUUUCACAGCUCCUGACGGUAAGCCAGCGAGCGUGAGCUAUUCAACAACAAUGGACAUCUCAAUUAUAAGGGAAGUUUUUUCAGCUGUGCUUCUGUCUGCAGAGAUCUUGGAGAAGUCUGAUACUGAUUUGGUUGAGAAGAUUAAGAAAGCUCUCCCAAGGCUCCCUCCCAUUCAGAUUGCAAGAGACAAUACUAUCAUGGAAUGGGCACUAGAUUUCCAGGACCCAGAAGUCCAUCAUAGGCACUUGUCGCAUCUAUUUGGACUUUACCCUGGACAUACUAUAACCUUGGAGAAUAAUCCUGAUGUUUGUGGAGCUGUUUCUAAUAGCCUUUAUAAAAGAGGCGAAGAUGGCCCAGGAUGGUCAACAACAUGGAAGAUGGCCCUCUGGGCACGUCUUAUGAACAGCGAGAAUGCAUACAGAAUGGUCCUGAAGUUGAUCACUUUGGUUCCCCCUGGUGAAAAGGUCCAAUUUGAAGGAGGACUGUACAACAAUCUAUGGACAGCGCAUCCACCAUUCCAGAUUGACGCAAACUUUGGGUUCACAGCUGCCAUUGCCGAGAUGCUGGUUCAGAGCACACAGAAUGAUCUCUACCUGCUCCCUGCCCUGCCGCGCGAUAAGUGGCCCAGAGGCUGUGCCAAAGGGCUGAGGGCUCGAGGAGAUGUGACUGUAAACAUAUGCUGGGACGAAGGGGAGCUUCAAGAAGCAAUGUUAUGUUCCAAAAAUCGGAACUCAGUUACAAGGCUGCACUACGGUGAACGCGUUACCUCUGUUAGAGUUCGCUGCGGUACUGUGUACAGGUUCAACAGGGGAUUGCAGUGCUUGGAGGCGUGGCCCCUCGGCAAAUAA